UUGUAUGAAAAGAACAGUAAGAGCACAUUUAAUCUUUUAUGCUACUAGUAUGACAGCUGUGCUUUCGCUCUCUCAGCUUGCUUGAAGGAUGAUUAGUACAUAGCUAAUUUUUAUACAUUCAAGAUUUCUAGAUAGCAAUAUUCAUAAACUGUAGUAGCUCUGUGUAUCUGAUCCAAGCACUAAUUGUGUGGGUCCUAUCACGAAUACAGCGGGAAAGCAGUGUAUUUCACGGUUAAUACCAGAGAAGAGACACGCAAUGCUCAGUGGAUAAAAGGCUUGUAGUCCCAGCUGGGAAAAUAGUUCCAUUAUCUCCCAGCUGCAUAGACAUUCCAUACGGCUCCGUUCUGCCUCGAUGAACACUGUGGCUUGCUGAGAGCUUCAAACAGUUCUGCAGAAAAUUGUAAAGAUCCUGAGACAUUUCACUGUUAAGAUCUAAUAUCAAGGUAGUCGCAGGAAGACACACUUUACUUUCCACUGAUUGGAUGGGAGGAAUUUUUGACCUUGGAAAGUGGAGAUGGUGUUGCUAUGGAAACUAAUAAUUCUGCUGCCAUUCAUGAGCUGCAGCACAGGGGAAGACACCCUACAUGGUCCUGUUUUUAUCCAAGAGCCAUAUGAUACCACUUAUUCUAUGGGCUCAGCGAAUCCAGAAAUACUACUGAAUUGUACAGCUAAAGGAUAUCCUCUCCCAUAUUACAGGUGGAAGCAAAAUGGCACAGAUAUUGAUCUUACCCUGAGUUAUCACUACAGGUUGGUUGGAGGCAGCUUGGCAAUCAAUAACCCACAUAAAAAACAGGAUAUUGGAACAUACCAGUGUUUGGCCACAAAUUCAUUUGGAACAAUUCUGAGCAGGAAGGCAAAGCUUCAAUUUGCAUAUCUUGAAAAUUUUGAAACCAAAACAAGAAGCACAGUGUCAGUCAGAGAAGGACAAGGAGUGGUUCUGCUUUGUGGUCCUCCACCUCAUCAUGGAGGCUUGUCCUAUGCAUGGAUCUUCAAUAAUAAUACUUUACAUGUUCAGGAAGAUAGCCGUCGCUUUGUUUCACAAGAAACAGGAAAUCUGUACAUCGCCAAAGUAGAGCCAUCUGAUGUGGGCAAUUAUACUUGUGUCGUAACUAACUCUAAAGCUGAACAAAGUGUACAGGGGCCACCUACUCCUCUCAUUCUCCGCAGUGAUGGUGUGAUGGGGGAGUAUGAACCAAAGAUUGAAGUACGUUUUCCAGAAACAACAUAUGCAGCGAAGGGCUCAUCUGUUAAACUGGAAUGCUUUGCCCUCGGAAAUCCAGUCCCUAGUAUUAGUUGGAAGAGGUCUGAUGGAAACUCAUUGACGAGGAAAAUCAAACAUGACAAAACCAAAGGAGUACUUGAAAUCCCAGAUGUUCAGCAAGAAGAUGAAGGCUCUUAUGAGUGUAUCGCAGGAAACAUUCGAGGAAGAAACAUUGCAAGAGGUCAAUUAUUUGUCUAUGCACUCCCUGAAUGGGAUAAAAAAAUCCAAAAUGCCUUUCUGUCUCUCUAUGACAGUUUAUUUUGGGAAUGUAAGGCAAGAGGAAAACCAAGUCCUUCUUACAGCUGGUUAAAAAAUGGCCAGCCUCUCAUGUCAGAGGAGAGAAUUCAAAUAGAAAACGGAACUCUUAUCAUAACUAUGCUGAAUACAUCAGACUCUGGCCUCUAUCAGUGUGUUGCAGAAAACAAAUAUGAUACUAUUUAUGCCAAUGCUGAGUUGCGGGUGAUAGCUGCAGCCCCUGAUUUUUCCAAAAAUCCUGUGAAAAAAAUGUCUGUUGUUCAAGUUGGAGGUGAAGUUACAAUUGGAUGUAAACCAAGUGCUUCUCCCAGAGCCGUAAUUAAGUGGAAAAAGGGCUUGGAGGUUCUGCGACAGAACAAAAGGGUCUCCUUACUAGAGGAUGGCAGUCUUAAGCUCUACAACAUCACCAAAUCGGACGCAGGAGUGUACACUUGUAUAGCAACAAAUCAAUUUGGAGUUGCCAGAAGUUCAGGGAACCUGGUUGUGAAAGAAAGGACUGUAAUUACUAUUCCACCUUCUAAUAUGGAUGUUACAGUUGGAGAAAGCAUAGUCCUUCCCUGCCAGGUGUCUCAUGACUCCUCUGUCGAUGUGGUGUUCACGUGGUCCUUCAAUGGCAAUAUAAUUGAUCUGAAAAGAGAAAUACAUCAUUUUGAAAGAAUUGGAGGAGAAUCUGUUGGGGAUUUGAUGAUAAGAAAUAUUCAGCUGCAUCACUCUGGGAAGUAUGUCUGCACUGUACAAACAACUAUAGACAGUCAAUCUGCAACAGGAGAUAUAAUUGUAAGAGGCCCCCCAGGUCCACCAGAAGAUGUUAAAGUUGAACAUAUUUCUAGCACUACUGCUCUGUUAUCGUGGAAAUCUGGAAUAGAUAAUAAUAGUCCAGUCCAGAUCUACAAUAUUCAGACAAGAACUCCUUUCUCAGUUGGAUGGCAGGCAGUUUCAACAGUUCCUGAAGUCCUUAAUGGUAGGACUCAUAUGGCAACAGUGGUUGACUUAAGUCCUUGGGUCGAGUACGAGUUUCGCGUGGUUGCCAGCAAUAGCGUUGGAAUUGGGGAGCCAAGCAGAUCAUCAGCACUAUUGAAAACUAAAGCAGCAAUUCCUGUAGUGGCACCAACAAAUGUAAGCGGAGGUGGAGGAAGCUGUUCUGAGCUUGUCAUCACAUGGGAGCCAGUUCCUGAAGAACUACAAAGCGGGGAAGGUUUUGGCUAUAUCAUCAUGUUUCGACCUCUUGGCUCAACAACGUGGACAAAGGCAGUGGUGGCUUCAGUAGAAGCAAGCAAAUAUGUUUAUAGAAAUGAAAGCAUCACACCUCUCUCCCCUUUUGAGGUGAAAGUGGGAGUGUACAACAACGAAGGAGAAGGGACCCUGAGCUCUAUAUCCAUUGUCUACUCAGGAGAAGAUGAGCCACAGAUAGCACCAGCAGGGACUUUGGUGCAGAGCAUUUCAGCAGCAGAGGUGGAAGUAUCCUGGAAGGCCAUUGCGUGGAACAGGCACACCGGAAGGGUGCUGGGCUACGAGGUUUUAUAUUGGACAGAUGAUCCCAAGGAAAGCACAGCUGGUAAAGUCAGAGUCAAGGGAAAUGUAACAGCCAAAAACAUCACAGGACUAAAAGCUAACACAGUCUAUUUUGUAACAGUUCGGGCUUACAACACUGCAGGCACAGGGCCCUCUAGCACCCCAGUAAAUGUCACUACUAAGAAGUCACCACCAAGCCAGCCACCAGCAAACAUUGCAUGGAAACUGACAAAUUCAAAAAUCUGCUUGAACUGGGAACAUGUAAAAACAAUGGAGAAUGAAUCAGAAGUGUUAGGCUACAAAAUUUUGUACAGACAAAACAGACAAAGCAAAACGCAUGUACUGGAGACAAACAACACUUCAGCUGAACUUCUGGUACCAUUUGAAGAGGAUUAUCUCAUAGAAAUAAGAACAGUCAGUGACAGUGGGGAUGGCAGCAGUAGUGAGGAAAUUAGAAUUCCAAAGAUAUCAAGUUUAAGCUCCAGAGGAAUAAAAUCUUCCCAACAGGUAAACCAUAUAUUGACAUGUGGGAUUCUGCUGCUGAGUUUUGUUCUCAUACUCUCCUUUCCUUGAGGAUUAAAAAAAUGUUCAGCCAUGGACCUCUAAAAGUAAACCAUCUGUAAAUUGUAAUACUUCAUCACAACCACCAUUCCUGAUAAAGAUAGUGGGAAUAGGGAAGGAAGACAAAUGGAACAUUAAGAAAAUGUAACUAUCAGUAUUACAUUAAAAAAUAAGCUUUAAAUUUCAUAGAUAAGUGUACAUGCAUUAAUUAAGUGGAGUGGUGGCAAACAUAGCUGUGAGCUUGUAAGGGGAAUGGUCUCCUAUCUUACAACUAGUAAUUCUUACUGAAACUCCAUUGUGGUUGUACUGCAAAUGUGAAAGACCUGUCUCAAACUACUGCAACUAAGAGACUUGCAAUUAUUUGUGAAGUGGCUAUUAUUUAUUUCAUGUUCUUCACUGUAACCUAUAAAAAACACUUUCAAUGAAUAAAAGUUAUUUACUUUUUACACAUUGUUUGUAUUACCAGAAGUUGUCACACAAUGUAUAUUAAGUGUACAGUAUUAUUUUCUUCUGAAGACAGAAGCAGAUAAAUAAAAGCAAUCACAUGAAUGUAAAGCCCACUGAAUUCAAUAGCCUUCCACUGGCAUCAGAAAGCUCUGAACCACACCUGAAUGAAAUUUUUAGCAGAGAUGUCAAACACUUUUCUUAAACAUAGAUUGAAAUAAAGUUGUUUUCUAGCAGGUUCUGUUACUCAAAA